AUGAGAAAAUCGUCAUGUGUAACAAAUGAACCCAUGGGCCUUGUGGAUCGAAGAAAGAGGGCUUUUAUUAAUAGGCUAUUCCUUCUAUACCAGACCCAGAGCCCUCUCGGCGUCGCAACAAGAAACAAGAUGGCUGUUCCGUUGCUCAGCAAGAAGAUUAUCAAGAAGCGUGUCAAGAAGUUUAAGAGGCACGAGAGUGAUCGUUAUGCCUCCUUGAAGACAAACUGGCGCAGGCCCAAGGGUAUUGAUUCACGUGUGAGGAGAAAGUUUAAAGGAUGCACCCUUAUGCCAAACAUUGGUUACGGUUCAGAUAAGAAAACCCGCCACUAUCUCCCAAAUGGAUUUAAGAAAUUCGUUGUCCACAAUGUCUCAGAACUGGAGGUUUUAAUGAUGCACAACAGGACUUACUGCGCGGAGAUAGCACACAAUGUCUCUACCAAGAAAAGGAAGGAAAUCGUCGAGCGUGCAGCACAGUUGGAUGUUGUUGUGACCAACAAAUUGGCUAGGUUGCGCAGCCAGGAGGAUGAGUGA